GCUAAGGUCACCCUGUAUUACUUCGUAAAGAGGUCCUUACGGGCACCAAUGAUGGUGCCAGUACAGCAAUGUCAGUGACACCACUGCACGAAUACAAGCACGCAGCCCAACGCAACUAGUUGCGACCAAUCGCGCGCGUGAUGCGAUCUCAUUAACCAAUUGCGUGGUAGUAUUCCACCGAGGAACACCAAAUGAGAGUGAUCGGUCGAAAUAAUAUAGACAGACCUAUCUUUACUUUUGAAAUCUUUGGAUUUAGGCCAUAAGUGGCGGCCCCUAUUAAAGCUAUUACAGACGGGCGUUCUGGACCGCGACCUUGGUCUGGUCAGAACAAUUCUUUCUUGCUCUCACUUAUAGCUGCGUCCUUAACGCGGUCCUGGACACCCGCGUACCGGACCAUGCCUGUUCGAUCGUAUGGAAGGUGGUCCGCCGUAUGUUCGUUAAGGACGCUGGCAUGGCAUAAGUGAAAGCGAGAUUGAAAUAUUUUGAUCAGACCAAGGUUGCGGUCCGGUUCGCCCGUAGAUGGUAGGAUCGUAUACAUGUGCUAUACCGCGUGCGGCUGUGAGGGAUAGAACAUAGGCAAUGCGACAAAAUUAAAAAUCCGUUUUCAUUUUAACAUUCCUGACAAUGACGACUUACCAAAAACAACCUACAUAAUUUGGUUGGUUCAUGUUUAACACAUUGUUACGCACCAUAAAAAAACGGUAGGCCUCAAAAAACGUCAAUGUCACUUAGGUCUUUAGAAAUAGGCAGAAAGGGCUAUGACAAGAACAAACAAUAAUAGCGCUUUCUCUGCUACUCCUACUGAAAAUUCCGUAAGAGCAUCUCGUUCGGUCAUUUCCCCUCUCCCCCAUGUCAUCUCUAUAUUAUUGUACCUCUAUGGGAGCGCCCGUCUAUUAUACCUUUAAGUCAUAACAAUGAUCAACGGUUUUCUCACUGUCUUAAACAUUCUUAGUUCGACUUGUCAAAACUAAAAAAAAAGAGCUGUCAAGUUCGUCAAAAAUAACCCGCGGUAUAAUUCCGCGAAUUUUUUCCCAAUUUAUGAAUGUAAAUAGACAAAAAACACGAUGAAAUGUCACGUACCAGGGCCAAAUGUAAAAGUUUUAGGGAGGACUGUUCACGCUUUAGCAAGAUUUGGAGACGAACUUUACCUGGAAUCACUUGCGGAUUGUGUGAUGCUAAGGACACUAAACGCAGCAGAAUCCGCUUACGCCGUUGUGAAGUUUAACAAAAACUUCUUUUCUUAUUUUAAUUACAAUUACUAUUCUACAGAAGACAAUGAAGGACUAAAGUGUAAAAUUUCAAUGAAAUCUGCCUUACAUACGUUUAAAUCUCCAACUCAUAUGGAUAAGCAAGUAGAGAAUUUAGAAAUCAAACUCGACCCGGAGUCUUGUAAGCUGAUUUUUCAACUGAGAUGCAAGCAUGGGAUUGUUAAGACCCAUUUUGUCUCAAUACUCGACUGUAAGGCAAUGCAAGCAGUUUACACUAAGGAUUUGGUUCCAAACAGAAUAACAUCUCCACAGAAAAUACUCUCUGAAGCAUUAAGUAAUUUCCAGAAUUCAGAUGACCAGGUAACUCUAGAAGUAACUACACAGAACAUGCUUCUCCGAAACUAUAUAGACACUGUUGGGGAUCUUACCAAAGUGAUUCGGACACAAGUGAUGUUAAAACCUGCUGAAUUUGAUAGUUACACCAUAGGAGCUGACACAAUGAUCACAUUUACUUUAAAAGAAUUUAAAGCAUUGCUAGCAUUUGCUGAAGCUUUAAAUCUACCAAUCCAAAUCCAUUUUGAAACAACAGGCCGACCAGUUGUAUUCAUUGUUCAUAAUGGCGCUACAUUUGAGGCACAUUUUGUUCUUGCCACCUCCAAGGCUGACAGUGGCUCCCAAACUACCACUCAGAACACCACACGCACUGAGAGAACCAAGAGGAAAGAUGUGAACACAAGCCAUGGAUCAGUAAGGAAGAAACCUAAUUUAACUAAAUCAAAUACUGAUAUAUCCAAAUGUUUGGAGGAAGACUCGCAUCUUUUCAAUUUUAUUGAUAUUCCUGAAGAGCCUGCUGCAGUGAAUGCUGAGGCCGCAGCCAAAGAAAAUAGUAUAAUAAAUAACAACCAGCUAGAUAAUAUGGACUGUGAUGUUAUUCCACCCUCUCCUACAGCAGUAGCAUUUGUGCGGAAAGUGUUCAAAAGGUGUUUUGAGCAAACUAUAGAUAUUACUUCUUUACAAGGCACUGUGUUGGCUGAAGACUCGGAUCCUGAGUUGUGACUGUGAUUUAUCUGUUAUUUGUUUAAGUUAUUGUAAACCUAUAUUAAAUUAUCUUUAUUUAAA